GAUUGUUCUUCUGUUUCAUGCAGUGCAGGACGACGGCUCCUAGUGUCCAAGGUAGUCUGUGGUCUUUGAUGCUGAUCUCUUGCUCCCAUGUCCAAGCGGAGAGGAACAACAACCUGCUGCUGUGUGCCACCGGGACUCGGCUCUGUCGGCGUGCGUCAGCUAAUGCGGCGAGCACGUGGGAAUGCCGGCGUGCUUCGGCUGAUGUGGCGAGCGAGUGGUAAUGCCGGCACACGUCAGCCGAUGUCGCAAACGUGCGGUUGAUUGGAGAUAAAAGUGAUGAAAGUAAAGUAGCUGAAAAUUUUGAAAAAAACAUGUUAAACUUGAAAGUGGAAACAUUUCUACGCAUGCCGUUUUGUGCUUUGUGUGUGAAUGUGAUGAUGAUCAGAUCUCGUGAACGCACUUGUGAGGGAGAGAAGCCUCCUCUCCCCUGAAAUGCAGGCCUGGCCUUCUGGCUAGUACAGUAGCCACGGACUGUCAGACUGAUGGACGGAUGUUAACUCACAGAUUGCAUCUGGACUCGAUCUUGGGUCUGUUCAUUUCAACUCAAUGACAUGACAUGGGGACAUGGGUGUAUCAACUGAGUUGCAGAGUAGUUUUCGAUCUAAGAUAACCCCCCGACUGCAUCUGGACUCGAACUUGGGUCUGUUCAUUUCAACACAAUGACAUUGACUGCAUCUGGAUUCGAACCUAACGGACUGCAUCUGGACUCGAACUUGGGUUUGUACUUCAACAACUCGUGAGUGUAGCAACUGAGGUGUACAUACAGAUUAUUAGUUAACUAAUUGAUCAAGGAUGAAUGUCAUAGGCGUAUGAUGUCAGUAUCGGGGUCAAAAUUCUUAGGCUUGUUGAUGGAUCUGGUCUGACGGUAGGGUAGGGUAGGGUGGUCCUCUCCCUAACUGACCUGUGUGUGGUCUGCCGCAUGGGCUGGGUGAUCAUCAUAAAGGUUCGCUCAGCUUAAGCCUGUUAACUUGGUCUUAAGUUUGGUUAACUUGGGGUGUAUCGAUCCAGCCAUAUGGGCUGGGUGGUACACCCACAGCGGUCCUCUCCAUCACUCUGAGUUAAGCCUGUUAACUUGUGUCAAAGUGAAUGGCCCAGCUGGAGUAGGGAAGCCAGCAGUCAUGCGCCAUUCACUUGU